AUGUAAGAAAAAAAAUCAUAAACUCAUAGACAAACUUUGAAAGCUUAAGAAAAAAAUUAAAAAUCAAUCAUUUUAUGGAGUAAUUAGGAUAUAUAAAAUAAUUUGAAGUAUCUUCCUACCCUUUAUAAUGUAGAAAUUUAAAAAACUUACCCAAAAUUUCAGUCAAAAUAAAAAUCAAUUAAUGCAAAAAUAAAUGUACAAACAGAAACUUAAAAAAAAUAAUAUUAACUAAGCGAAUUAAUUAAAUUGCAUUCUCAAAUAUACUCUAUAAAUAAUGAUGAUGAAAAUUUCUACAAAACUUAUUAACCUUUUUUUGAGUAUUUUUAGUUACUAAAUAAUUAAAUUGAUACUUUGAUAGACAUAAAUAUUGAGUAUAAUUAAUUAAAAGUAUAGAAUGGAUAAUUAAGUUUUCCUUAGAUUGAAAUAGAAUUCAAGAAUAUCUCAAAAAUAACAUUGUUAUCUCAAAAAAUGAAGGAUUACAUUAACUCAUAAAAAUAGGUUUUAGAAAAUCUUAAUUAAGAUAUAAAUUAUCUUUAAUAGUAAAAAAAUGAAAUAAACUAAGCAUUAAAUCCUUUAAAUGAAGAAAUUUUGAUACUUGAAAAAUAGUUAUACAAUAUUUAAAAUUAAAACGGUUUUUUAAUGUAAUAAUCAAAUAAGAAAUUUUUUUAAUUAAGCAUUCUUUAAGAAUAAUUUAAUUGUUUUAAAAGAAGUUCAAAAUAGUUAUGUAUCCUUGUCUAAAAACCGAAAGUUUAUGAUCAAAAUUAUGAACCUUAUUAUAUUAUCAGAAACUAAAAAUUCAUAGAAAUAAAUUUAAAAUCUGAUAAGUAGAUUGUUAUGCCUGAGAAUAAGAAAUCAUAAGGUUUUGUAUAAAAAAAUGGUAAUAGAUUUGAUGAAAUUAUUCAUCGUAAAUAAUUUGUAAAUGAAGAUUUAGUUUAAGAAUUAUUGAGACAUACAUAUUUAUUUUUUAUUUAAGUCUUAUGUAAAUCUAUAAAUAGUUUAUAUAAAUCCUAUCCUUUUAAUAGUAAUGAAAUUUCAGCUAUAUUUUAAACUCAAAGGAUGUCUGAUGAUUAUUAUAUGAAAAUAAAUUAAAUAUUGAAUUAAGAGAAGAAAUGUGUAGAAGAUUAAGAUGUAAAAAUUUAAUUAAUCUUAUAGUCUAUAGUAAUGUUUAUAGUUCGUAAAUCAAGUGAUUUUUUUUUGUAAUUUGUUGUAAAAGUGAUUAAGUGCAUACAAUCUUUUGAAAAUCAAUUUUGUGGUUUGUAAGAUUUAAAUUUAUAUUACAAUAUUUUAAAUAUUAAAGAAGAUUCAAUUAAAUUAAUUUUGUAAAGUCAUUUAAAGGAUUAUGAAAAUAAAUUAAAUGAAAUAAAAGUUAAUAUAUAUUUUAUAUUUUAGUUAAAUGCAUCAGAUUCUGAAAUAAUUUAAAUAAAAUUGGAAUUAAAAUUGAAACAUAAAAUAUCAAGAAAUAUUCAUUUUUUAUAUAUAAUUCAAGAGAAAAUAGAAAACUAAGAAGAUUUUUGUAAAUAAUUUAAAGAUUGUUACAAUAAGAAGAAGGGUAUUAAAGAUUAAAUUGGUUCUGUUUUAGAAUCUAUAAUAAAAGUAGAUAUAUUGAUAAAUAAUUAAAGAAUACCGAUAAAUUCUUAAUAAUUACUGAGAUGCCAGAGAUGAUUAAGAUGACAUGUAAUUAAUAAAAAAAAUUGAAUUAAUUGAAAAGUUUAGUUGAUUUUUCUUAAACAAUGGCUUCAAAGAGAUAUUGA